AUGUUAUAAAUUAAUUUUAGAUUAAUAUACAAACAUUCACGAAAACAAAAUAAAGUAAUCGACUUUAGAAUUUUGAUUGUUAAAGCAGUCUAUCUCGUCAAAUCACAUAUUAAAAUAUAAAUAAAUAAAUGCUAUUGA